UUCUCCGUGCGCGAGCUCGACAGUCCAAAGUAUAAAGAAGCGCGCGCGCGUGGUUCCAGAGGAAAAAUUGUGCAGAGCGACCCCGCGGCGCGGCGCGCGGACAGAUGUGGAUGAGAGCUGCUGGUGAGCCGGGAGGAGAAGCGGAGCCGUUUCUAACUUCAGGACUUUCUUCCAUCUUGGAAUGGAGCGGCAGCCAUGGCUGUGAAGGAGCGGAGCGGACUGGAAAUGGGAGGUCUGCUCCUCUGGACCUCCCUGCUGAUGGCGGCUCAUGGCUCUCCUCUCCUCCUCUUUGCCAACCGUCGAGAUGUCCGACUGGUUGAUGCGGACGGUGUGCGGGGGGAAUCGGCCAUUGUUGUUAGUGAUCUGGAAGAUGCUACUGCGGUGGACUUCCUGUUCGAUCAGAACCUGAUAUUUUGGACAGAUGUCAGCGAGGAGGCCAUCAAACAAACCUACUGGAAUCAGUCGUCCAACUCUCUGAAGGAGGCUCUGGGAAGCGGCCAAACAGCGGUGGUGUCAGGGCUGAACAGUCCGGAUGGGUUAGCCUGUGACUGGCUGGGGAAAAAGCUCUACUGGACCGACUCGGAGACAAACCGGAUAGAGGUGGCCAACCUAGAUGGUUCCUCCAGGAAGGUCCUGGUUUGGAUGGACUUGGACCAACCAAGGGCCAUAGCUCUAAACCCUGGUCAGAGAUACAUGUACUGGACAGACUGGGGAGAAGAGCCUCGGAUAGAGCGCGCCGGCAUGGACGGCAGCAGCAGGAAGGUUCUAGUGAACGAGAACAUACACUGGCCCAACGGUCUCACUAUAGACCUCGUGGAGGAGAAGCUGUACUGGGCCGACGCCAAGCUCAGCUUCAUUCACAGAGCCAACCUGGACGGAUCUGCACGAGAAGCCGUGGUGGAGGGCACCCUGACUCACCCGUUUGCCCUGACGCUGUCUAAGGAGACUUUGUACUGGACCGACUGGCAGACCCGCUCCAUCCACGCCUGCAGCAAACACAGCGGAGACAAAACCACAGAGAUCCUCAGUGGGAUUUACUCUCCCAUGGACAUCCAGGUUCUGGAGUCCUACCGGCAGCCGUACAUCCGAACUCCCUGCAGUGACGCUAACGGAGGCUGCAGCCACCUCUGCCUGCUCUCUCCGCUCCAGCCUUUCUACAGCUGCGCCUGCCCCACAGGCGUCCAGCUCACAGCAGAUGGAAAGACCUGCAAGCCAGGAGCGGAGCAGGUUCUGCUGCUGGCCCGGAGGACCGACUUGAGGAGAAUCUCCCUUGACCUUCCGGAUUUCACUGACAUAGUUCUGCAGGUGGAUGACAUUCGACACGCUAUCGCUAUCGACUACGACCCGGUUGAAGGUUUUGUCUACUGGACCGACGACGAGGUCCGGGCCAUACGGCGGUCCAACAUUGACGGCAGCAACGCCAUGAUACUGGUGACCUUGGACAUCAACCACCCAGACGGCAUUGCUGUUGACUGGGUGGCCAGAAACCUUUACUGGACCGACACCGGUACCGAUCGGAUCGAGGUUACCAGACUUAACGGAACGUCCAGGAAGAUUCUGAUCUCUGAGGACCUGGAUGAGCCCAGAGCCAUCGUUCUGGAUCCUGUCAAUGGUUUCAUGUACUGGACCGACUGGGGUCAGCAUCCGAAGAUCGAACGAGCAAACCUGGAUGGAACAGAUCGUGUGGUUCUGCUGAACAGCUCCCUCGGCUGGCCCAAUGGAUUAGCCAUAGACUACAAAGCAGGAAAGCUUUACUGGGGAGACGCUAAAACCGACAAGAUAGAGGUGAUCAACGUGGACGGCAGCAACAGGCAGACUCUGCUGGAGGACAAGCUGCCCCACAUCUUUGGUUUUACUCUGCUGGGCGAGUACAUCUAUUGGACCGACUGGCAGAGCCGCAGCAUCGAGAGGGUCCACAAAGCCACGGCGGUACGGGAGAUCAUCGUUGAUCAGCUGCCAGAUCUAAUGGGCUUAAAGGCCACCAAAGUCACAGAGACCUUCGGGACGAACGGCUGUGCAGAGGAGAACGGAGGCUGCAGCCACCUGUGCUUCUGGUGCCAAGGGGCGGUCCGUUGCGCCUGCCCCAUGGGCCUGGAGCUCCUCUCAGACCUCCGGACCUGCGUGGUUCCUGAAGCCUUCCUGCUCUUCACCAACAGGGACAGCAUCAGGAGCAUCUCAUUGGGGACGAACAGCAAUGACGUGGCCAUCCCUCUGACAGGAGUCAAAGAAGCAUCCGCUCUGGACUUCGAUGUUUCUGAAAGGAGAAUCUAUUGGACAGACGUUCAGGCCAAGACCAUCAGCAGGGCGUACAUGAACGGCAGCUCCGUGGAGCACGUCAUUGAGUUCGGACUGGACUACCCUGAAGGAAUGGCCAUCGACUGGAUGGGCCGGAACAUCUACUGGGCCGACACCGGAACCAACCGCAUCGAGGUGGCGCGGCUAGAUGGCCAGCACCGACAGGUUCUGGUCUGUAAGGAUCUGGACAACCCCCGCCUGCUGGAUAACCCUCGAUCUCUGGCACUGGAUCCGGCCCACGGCUACAUGUACUGGACGGAGUGGGGGGGCCGUCCCCGCAUAGCCAGAGCCUAUAUGGACGGCAGCACCAUCACCACCCUGGUGGAUAAAGUGGGCCGAGCCAACGGACUGACCAUCGACUACCUGGACCAUCGGCUCUACUGGACCGAUCUGGAUACCUACAUGAUCGAGAGCACCAACAUGCAAGGCCUCCAGAGGGAGAUCAUCAUAGACGACCUUCCUCGCCCCUUUGGACUCACCCAGUACAGGGACUUCAUCUACUGGACCGACUUUAACCAGCGCAGUAUCGAGCAGGCCGACAAGCGCAGUGGCCAGAACCGCACCGUUGUGCUGCAGGGUCAGCUGGAGCUCAUGCUGGACAUCCUGGUAUUCCACUCGUCCCGUCAGGAUGGUUCCAACGACUGCUCCCAGAACAACGGCAACUGUGCCCACCUCUGCCUGGCCACUCCUGCCGGCGCCCAGUGCCGCUGCGCCUUCCACUACACCCUAAACGCCGAUGGGAGAAACUGCAGCUCUCCUCUAAGUUUCCUGCUCUUCAGUCAGAGGGCCAGCAUCAGCAGGAUGGUGUUAGGAGAUCAGAGUCCUGACAUAAUCCUUCCGAUCCACGUCACGAAGAACGUCCGAGCCGUCAGCUACGACCCGCUGGAGCGGCUGGUCUAUUGGGUGGAUGGACGGCAGAACAUACGAAGGGCCAGAGACGAUGGAAGCAUGGCUUCCAUCGUGGCAAGCAGCCCUGCUCAACAGGUGGACAACCAGCUCCACGACCUGAGCCUCGAUCCCUACAGCCGCCACAUCUACUGGACCUGUGAGACCACCAACACCAUCAACGUUCAGAAGAUGGACGGCCGCAUGGUGGGCGUGGUCCUCAAGGACGACACGGACAAGCCCAGAGCCAUCGUGGUCAACGCAGAGAAAGGGUGCAUGUACUUCACCACAGUGCAGGAGCACUCUGCCAAGAUCGAAGCAGCCAGUCUGGACGGGACUGAGAGGGAGUCCCUGUUCUCCACCGGCCUCAUCAGGCCUGUAGCUCUGGCUCUGGACAACAAGCUGGGGAAGCUGUUCUGGGUUGACGCUGACCUGAAGCGCAUCGAGAGCAGCGACCUGACGGGGGCCAAUCGUAUUGUUCUGCAGGAUUCCAACAUUCUGCUGCCGAUGGGCCUGACGGUUCUAGGAGACCAUCUGUACUGGAUCGACCGGCAGCAACAGAUGAUCGAACGGGUGGAUAAACUGACAGGAGAGGGCCGCACACGCAUCCAGGGACGGAUAUCAUACCUGACAUCCAUCCAUGCAGCAGAGGAGAUGGACCCGCAGGACUUUGCUUCCCAUCCCUGUUCCCGGGACAAUGGAGGCUGUUCUCACAUCUGCAUUGCAAAGGGUGAUGGGACAUCCAGCUGCUCCUGUCCCAUGCAUCUGGUCUUACUCCAGGACCUGCUGCACUGCGGAGAGCCUCCCACCUGCUCCACAGAGCAGUUCACAUGCUCCACUGGAGAAAUCGGCUGUAUACCCAUGGCGUGGCGUUGUGACCAUUUCCCAGAGUGUGAAGAUGGCAGCGAUGAAGAAAACUGUCCCAUCUGCUCCUCCCUCCAGUUCCAGUGUGACGAAGGAAGCUGCAUCGACAUUCAGAAGCGGUGCGACGGGGAACCGGACUGCCCCGAUAAGUCUGAUGAGCAUGAAUGCAACACCGUCUGCGCUCCCACCCAGUUCCGCUGUGGGGACAACCACUGCAUCACCAAGAAGCAGCAGUGUGACAACUACUCCGACUGCCUGGAUGGAUCGGAUGAGCUGGCCUGCGAUUAUAUUUCUCCAUCCUCAAGCUUCCUUCCGAGUAAUGAAACCACCAACCCCAUUGGUCCAGUCAUCGCCAUUAUCCUGCUGAUGUUUGUGAUGGGCGGAGCCUGUUUUGUCUGUCAGCGCGUGGUGUGUCGGCGUUACAAGGGUCCCAACGGGACCUUUCCUCAUGAAUACAUCAGCGGGACGCCGCAUGUCCCCCUGAACUUCAUCACCCCCAGCAGCUCUCAGCAUGGUACCUACCAAGGGAUCUCCUGUGGAAAGUCCACCAUGAGCUCAGUCAGCUUGAUGGGCAGCAGCAGCAGUGGAGCUCCUCUCUAUGACAGGAACCACGUGACCGGAGCUUCAUCCAGCAGCUCUUCAUCUACCAAAGGAGCCUUCUACCCAAAGAUCCUGAAUCCUCCUCCGUCUCCGGCCACUGACCGCUCUCUGUACAACACCGAGGUCUUCUACUCCUCCAACAGUCCGUCUACAACCAGAUCGUACAGGCCGUACCACCCAGUGCGUGGGGCUGCCCCCCCCACCACCCCCUGCAGCACAGACGUCUGUGACAGUGACUACACCCCCCACCCCAUCCCCACUGCUCCUCCGCUGUCAGCAGGACGCUGGAAGGCCUCGGGUCACGCCGUCCCUGGAAAACCUCAUAAAUACUACAUGGACCUGAACUCAGACUCUGACCCCUACCCCCCGCCCCCCACCCCACGCUCUCAGUACAUGUCCGCUGAGGAAAGUUGCCCCCCCUCCCCGUCCACUGAACGAUCCUACUUCCACCUGUGCCCCCCUCCUCCUUCACCUUGCACCGACUCGUCGUGACCCCCCCCCCCCCCACCCACCC